AUGGCAUACUGCUGUGUGCCCCAUUGCUGCUCUGACUCCAAAAAGAAACUCGAGGGGGUGUCAUUUCACGAAAUUCCGGCAGACUUGGAGUUGAGAGAGGCGUGGAUCAAAGUCAUCCGGCGUGAUAAAUGGACACCCUGCACAACAAGCAACUACAGCAGAGUAUGCAGCCAGCACUUCAAAGAAGCAGACUUUCUGGAAGGAAAACGGCGGCGCCUAAGGAAAGGAGUGGUUCCCUCGGUGUUCCAGCACUACCCCUUGCACCUGCAGCCGAGAAAUGAAACGCCAAGAAGCAAUGCAAGCAUUAGGAAGAGGUCACUCUCCAGCGAUGCCCAAAAAGACGGCCUUCCAAGAAAGAUGCGUAACCAGACGCGAAAUGAAACUGCACCAACACCUAGCAGCUCUGCUCUACAUGAAACAGGGAACAAGUCAACACUCCAAAGUACAGCUGACUUAACUGAUCAUGGAUUAGUGAAGAACACGGUGCCUUUGCGUGCACUGGCACUAGGCAGCCCUACUGCAAGUGAAACAGAGGACAAGUUGGCUCCCCCACAUACAGCUGACCUCCCUAGGCAGUGGUCACCAAGAAAUGCAGAGCCUUUAUAUUCAUCAACACAAGGCUGUCCUACUGGAGUCGAGACCGAGGACGAGUCAACUUCACUGGGUACAACUGACUUUACGGAGAAUAGAUCCCCACCUAACCUUGAAGAGGCAACCAUGUCAGAGGAUCAAGUCACACAGCCUGAGGUUACCGUGACUGCAGUUACUGAGAAAGCAACACAGGUGGAUGUCAGGGCGUCAAACAGCUUGUUAAUCAUGGAAAGGUCAAAAUGGAAAAGGAAGGAGCGAGACCUGAAACAACAGAUUGAAAGACUGCGAAAGACGGUGGAUGGCUACAAAGAAGAGCUGCAAAAGCUUCGGGACGACUGCCAUGUUGCAGAUCUCGAAUACAUCAGAGAACGCUGCGACGAAAAGAACCAGCCCGCAAUGUUUCUCCUUGAACAGAUUGCAAACUUUAAGCGUAAGAAACCAAGUUGGUCUGAGGACACCAUUCGCCAUUCUAUUGUGCUGAGACACCUGUCCACGAAGCUGUAUGAACAUAUGCGACACGAAGAACUGCUAAAGCUGCCAAGCAGAAACACUUUGCAGAAUUACCUUGGUACUGUGAACGGGGAGACUGGAUUCAACAGCCUGGUUGAAGCACGACUGAAAACAGAGAUUGAGCAUCUUCCAGCACCUCAGUCGAAGACCUGCUCCGUAAUUGUUGACGAAAUGCGCAUCCAACAGAAGCUUCAGUACAACAAGCAACAAGACGCAUUCGUCGGUCAUACUGACAUGGGCCUGGCUGAAGAGGCAGACACUGAACCAGUACUUGCAAAUUCGUUGCUCUGCUUUGUCAUCAAUGGACUUGCUUCUUCAUGUCGUAUUCCAGUAGCAUACUACUUCACCAAUGGUUUGAACGGAAGCCAACUGUCAAAACUGCUGGUUUUUGUCAUGACGAAAGUGGAAUCAACUGGAUUCAGGGUCAUACGUGUCGUGACUGAUAAUCAUAAGGUUAAUGUCAGUGCUAUGAAGAUCCUGUGCGGUGGCGUCCUCACAUACAGGAUAGAACACCCAUGUGACCCGCAAAGGCUACUCUUCUUGAGCUUCGAUUAUUGUCAUGUAGUGAAGAACCUCAGGUCCCAGUUCUUAGCCCGUAGCAUUGGGAAAGAUGGGAAGGUUUCCUCUUCCCAUCUAAAAAAACUCUACGAGUUGCAGAAGAAGUGGCUGGUGAAGCCUGUGAGAUUCCUCAGCCGUAAGCACGUCUAUCCCAACAACAUAGAGAAAAUGAAUGUGCGAAGGGCAGUUGAAGUACUCUCUCCUGACGUAACAUCUGCACUGAGUUACAUGAAAAACCAAGCAGGACACUGCUCUGAUGCAUCGUUCGCCAGUGCUGGGCCAUCAAUACAGUUCAUGGAGAACGUCUACCGCUGGUUUACUCUACAUGACACAAGCAACAAGACACAGCACAUUCAUCAGAACUUCCCGGACACGAGGCACUAUGACGACCCUGAAGAUUCUCGCCUUGAGUGGUUGGAGACAACUUUCCCGUUGUACCUGGAGGACCUCAAGAAUGGAGCAAGCCAUCCGCAGCAGUUUCUUACCAAAGAAACUCAUGAGGCUCUAUUGUUGACCACAUAUUCUACUGUGGCGUGCAUUCGACAUCUCUUGACCGAAGAGAAGUUCUUCUUUGUUCUCACGAGGAAGUUCAGCAGUGACCCUGUUGAGUCACUCUUCGGGACACUACGACGAGCGGUAGGAUGCAACGACCAGCUGGACGUCCGAUCAACGCUUUGUGGAUUAGAGAAAAUAUUGAAAACGGGAAUUGCAGCAGUGUCACAGGAAAGUAAUGUGGCACACAGGGAUGGCCCCACUCAGCUGCACACACUUCAAGCUGUACAGCCACAACCAGCCAAAGAGCCACUGCAGCUCUCGAGAGAUGCCACUUUUGUGCUGGGGCGACUCAGGAUAUCUAAAGUGCGUCAGCGUCUGCCUACUCUCCAGCUGUCGGCAACAGUUUAUGUCGGGGGGUAUAUAGCGCGCAUAGUUGCCGAGAAAAUGGCCUGUGAGAACUGCUGCGCCAUCACCACGAAGCCAAUGAGCAAUCAACCCGUGCAGCAACUUACUCGAUACCAGGACCGUGGUGGGUUAAUGUAUCCCUCUGACGACCUCAUGCAUGUGCUCGACGCAUUGAGAGAGUUUGUAGAAAUUGUCUUGAAGGACAACCCCAAGCUACCCAAGCCCAUGAAAACGCUUCUGAGCUACACCGUGCCAGCUCUGUGCUCAUCUCCGCUGCUUAGGUGCCAAGCUGAUGGCGAAGGUGAGCACCGCAAGCAGUUUGCAGAGCUCGUCUGUACGAGGUUCAUCCGUCCCCUGCUCGUGAACUACGCAUUCCUGCAAACUGACAAGCAUGAUGUUUAUAAGGGAUUUGGCAAGAAGCCACUCUCCCGAAAAUAUGUGAAGCUGUGA